AUGAUUGCCUUAAUGAAGGGGCAGUUGUCAAUGAAUAGUUAGUAUGUACUAUGGAACACAUACAUAUCGGAAAUAAAUACAUUCUCGGCUGAAUUAAGAAAGAAACCGACCAAUAUACAAUUUGACAUAGUAUGAGAAAAUAGUAUUAGCAAGGCAAGGAGUUUAAAUUGAUUUUAUUUCACUAUGGCUACUUUAAAUGAAAUAAAUUUUAAAAUAAUUUCCGUUAACGUUUCAACUGUAGAGCUUGGCAAGAAAGCUUUUCUUAUCUAUUCGAUAAAAGUCAGCUCUGAGGCAAAGGAUCCGCAGCCUGUUGUCAUUAAACGAAGAUACACGGAUUUCCUCGUUCUUUUCAACUCGCUGAAAAACGACUUUCCUGAUUUAACAGAGUCCGUGCAAUUUCCUCGUAAAGCGAUAUUUGGAAAUUUCUCAAAGGACGUUAUAAACGAGAGGAAGGAAGGCUUUCAAAAAUUUCUCGAAGUCAUCGGUACGACAUCCCAGCUCAGAAUUUCACCGGCUGUGACCAAUUUUAUGCAAUACAGAGAGCUUUCAAAUGCAGUUAAGUUAAUUGAACAAAACAACCUUGAACAAGCUGUUCCUUUGGUUGAAAACUGUUUCUGGGUAAUGAACAAAGUUCAAACAGCUCGUGCUCCUGCUGUUUUAAGAAAUCUCUGCCUUAUGGUUUGCUUAUCAAACAGCGUGAAUAGUGGAUAUGCUUUGAACUUUGCUGAUUUAGCUGUUCGAAGAUUUCAAACUGUUAGUGACAUAGACUUGCUAAGAUAUUACGUCCCACUCUUGAACAUAUCACUCGAUCUCUGUCAAAAAUAUGGAAAGGACAGUACCGAGAUUGCUGAAUAUUUGGUCAGAUUAAAACGCCGAGGGAUGGCACUACACAAUUCAACGCCGCUUCUUCAGUUAAUCAUGCAAGACAUCACACCGUACUACAAAUAAGCCAACCAUGUAAAAAAAGAAAUGUAUUUUUUUAUAUUUGUAUCUUAACAUGAGACAAUGGUUUAAAUCUUACAAAACCCACAGA